AUGGCCUCUCCGGAACGAGCUGAACUUUUAAAAAACGCACUUGCAUUUCUUUCGGAUCCCAAGAGCCAAGAAGCUACCCUCACCCAGCGCAUCCAGUUUCUCGAGGCCAAGGGCUUGACUCCUUCGGAGAUUGAACAUGUUUUAAGACAGGCAUCUUUAAAACAGAAUGCAAGCAUGCCAUCCCCUCAGUAUCAGGUUCCGUACCAGUAUGGACCUCCUCCAUAUCCUGUAUACGGCCCGCAUCCGUCUCAGCAGCCAUUGGACUGGAGGGACUAUUUCAUCAUGGCUGUUGUUUCCGGAAGUCUGGUAUAUGGCGCAGUCUCCUUAGCCCGCAAAUACUUGUUGCCCCAUUUAAGACCACCGACAUCGACUGCCUAUGAAGCAGACAGAGAUGCUUUGUCGGAGCAAUUUGACGCUGCUGAGAAAAUGUUGAAGGAAAUUCAGGCUGAAACUGCAGCAGUUCGCCAAGCGGUUGAAGAACAGAAGGUUAAGGUUGAACAGACCACACAAGAUGUCGAUGCAUGCGUAAAAGAAAUGCGCGAAGGGGAGUCUCGGACUCGAGACGAAAUGCGGGAGAUCAGGGAGGAAAUUAAUUCCAUCCGAGAAAUGCUACCAAAAAUGAUUGAAAAGAACAAAGAAAGCCAGUCCCAAUCCUUAGGCGAACUCCAGCAAGAGCUCAAGUCUCUUAAAGCUCUUCUCUUGAGCCGAGGACCAGCUUACCCGACCGCACCAUCUCCUUCCUUACCAAGUUUCGUCGGACGACCUUCAAUACCUGCAUGGCAACUUACCGGAAAUGGGUCCUCAGAUCCUCCUGUCGUACCAGCACCGUCAAAUAGCGCCCCUCCGAGUACAAACGGGAUAGGGAAUUCUAUAGAUGAUAAUGCGAAGAAGGAAGACUGAAGGCUGGUAAAACGGCAUGACUGGAUUUUUUUUACGCGCAAGUUAUAUU